AGAGAGAGAAAGAGAGAGAGGAAUUAGAAUCUCCCCCCCAAGACUUUUUCGUCUCUUGGUGCUUUUUCCCAACUGGACAAGUUGACUUGUUGGUGCUGCUGUUUCUUGCCUAGCUUUGCGACCGCAGCUUUGCAAAAAUCCGGGAGGCCCCCAAGGAAGCUGAGCUGGUGAAGAAAUCACCAUUGGGGCAGAAAAGAAUUUUGCACCUUUGCUGCUAACUCAGCUGAUCCCUUCUUUUUCCCCUCUCCAAACUUUGUCUCCUUCUGUCUCUCUCCUUCAUUUCCUAGCCUUACGUUCUGCAGGAUUGCACCCUGUCUCAAAGCUUCCUCCGGUGAAUCUCCAUCCUCUCUCUCUCUCUCUCUCUUUCUCUCUGUAUCUCUCAACCAGUCUUCUCCUCCUUCUCCAGCCUUCUAGCAUCUAUGCCACUUCCUCUUCAGCAGCAACCCUUCGCGAGCUGGUUGGCAGCUCUCUUUUCGCUCUUCCCCUUGCUGCUGUUUCCAAAUGCCUGGGCAUUAUCUCUCCAGAAUAGCGGCGGCGGCGGCGUGCAGGAGGUGGUGCCCGUCUGGGGAGAUAUGCCUCCGGGCAAGAGCAGACAGGUUUCUUUCUCCAUCACGGCCUUCGGGAAAGUGCUCCUGCUGCAGCUGGAACCCGAUGCCAGCUUCUUGGCUUCUGGGCUGAAGAUUCAACACGUUGGUAGAAAGGAACCUGUUGGGUUCUUGGCUGAGAAAGAGGAGGAGGAGGACGUGAAGCUCAGGAGAUGCUUCUACUCAGGGACUGUCAACUCACAACCAGACUCCCUAGUGGCGGUCAGCUUGUGUCAGGGCAUCCGUGGCUCCUUCUUUGUGGAUGGAGACAAGUACAUCAUCCAGCCCCAAAAUCCUGGAAGCGGGGAUCCCCUGAUGCAGGUUCAUCAGCUCCAGAAGAGAAGCUGGCCAAAAGAAGCUGGCCAGGACAGGCGAGGAGGGGAAGCCCAGCUGGGACCCAACAGCACCACCCUCAACAGAGCGAAGAGGUUCACCUCCCAGGCUCGUUAUGUGGAGACCCUGCUGGUGGCCGAUACCUCCAUGGUCCAAUUCUAUGGGGACGACCUGAUGAAUCAUAUCCUGACCUUAAUGUCUGUGGCUGCUCAAAUCUACAAGCACCCCAGCCUGAAGAAUUCUAUCAACCUGGUGGUGGUGAAGGUUUUGGUAGUGGAAGAUGAAAAGGAUGGACCAGAAGUGUCGGACAAUGGCGGUCUGAUGCUGAGAAACUUCUGCAAUUGGCAACAGUUCUUCAACCCUCCAAGUGACCGCCACCCAGAACACUAUGACACGGCAAUCCUGCUGACCAGACAGGAUUUCUGUGGACAUCAAACCUGCAGGACCCUCGGAGUGGCUGAGACUGGCACCAUGUGUGACCCAAACAAAAGCUGUUCUGUGAUAGAAGAUGAGGGUCUCCAAGCAGCUUACACCUUGGCCCAUGAAUUAG